AUGUGCGUACCAGGACCUGGAGGAACAGGCAAAUCGCGUCUCAUCGACGCAAUCACUUACUAUUUCGUUGAAACACAACGAAAAGAAAAACUUCGAAAGCUUGGACCUACAGCAGUGUCGGCCUCACUCAUCGGAGGUCAUACGAUUCAUUCUUUCUUAGGAUACUUACGUAGUACCAAAGGCCAAAAGAAGACAACGAAACCAGGCUCAUCAAAUAUUGAAAACGAUUGGAAAUAUGUGGACUAUCUUAUUAUCGACGAAAUUUCGAUGGUUGGACUUCGAUUGUUAGCUCGAUUAGAUGAGCUACUCACUGUUGGAAAGCGAGCACCACCCGAAGUACCUUUUGGUGGUAUUAAUGUUAUUCUUCUCGACGAUUAUAUGCAAUAUAUGCCAGUUCUCGACAAACCUUUAUAUUCAAAUCUCGAGCGUGGUUCGUCUUCACAUUUAUCGACAGAAGUUGAUAUUCAGUAUGGAGUCGGACGAUCAUUGGUCCUACAAAUCAAUACAGUCACGAAAUUAACCCAGCAGAUGAGAACAGAAGAUCAGAAAUAUUUGAAUUUACUCAACCAUCUCCGUUUGGGAGAAACUACACGCGAUCCAGGACAAGCUGUUCAAUCACUAAAAGAGAGACCUUGGUGUGAUGCACCUAUUCUCGUCUUUCGUAAUCAGCUACGAACUGAAAUAAACAAUCGAGCCGCCCUCGAUAAAGCGAAAGAAGCCGGUAUCCCACUAGUCGUUGUUGUCGCACAUGAUAAAAUUCUUUCAAAAAUUUCCGAAGGUGGCGUAAUAUACGAAGGUCUCCUCCAUCUAUCAGAUAGCAAGACCGAGCUUCUACCCGAUCUUUUACAUUCGUACCCAACAUGCUUGUACUUCUCACCGAUAACAUUGCGUGUGAACUAG